GAGAACUGUUUGAAAUGAUUGAAAAGAUGCAGGGAAGCAGGAUGGAUGAACAACGGUGCUCCUUCCCCCCUCCUCUGAAGACUGAAGAGGAUUACAUCCCCUACCCCAGCGUCCAUGAGGUUCUGAGCCGAGAGGGGCCCUUCCCACUCAUCUUGCUCCCCCAGUUUGGGGGCUACUGGAUCGAGGGUACCAACCACGAUCUGACGGGCGCCCUUGAGGCGGAGCGGCUCCAGUCUCCAACUUCCAAGGUGAAGCUGGAGUGUAACCACAUGGCCACGAUUUACAGGAAGCAUUUCUUGGGCAAGGAGCAUUUCAACUAUUACUCGGUGGAUGCUGCUUUGGGGCACCUGGUCUUCUCCCUCAAGUACGACGUCAUCGGGGAUCAGGAGCACUUGCGCCUGCUGCUGCGGACCAAAUGCCGAACGUACCACGACGUCAUUCCCAUCUCCUGCUUGACAGAGUUUCCCAACGUGGUCCAGAUGGCCAAGCUGGUGUGUGAGGAUGUCAACAUUGACCGCUUCUAUCCUGUCCUGUACCCAAAGGCCUCACGUCUUAUUGUGACCUUUGAUGAGCACGUCAUCAGCAAUAACUUCAAGUUCGGGGUCAUCUACCAGAAGCUCGGCCAGACUUCGGAAGAGGAGCUUUUCAGCACCAAGGAGGAGAGCCCGGCCUUCGAGGAGUUCUUGGAAUUCCUGGGCCAGAAGGUCAAACUGCAGGAUUUCAAGGGGUUUCGGGGGGGCCUGGACGUGACCCACGGGCAGACAGGGACGGAAUCUGUCUAUUGCAAUUUCCGGAACAAAGAGAUCAUGUUCCAUGUCUCCACCAAGUUGCCCUACACUGAAGGAGAUGCCCAGCAGUUGCAACGGAAACGGCACAUCGGCAACGACAUCGUCGCCAUCGUCUUCCAGGACGAGAACACGCCCUUCGUCCCAGACAUGAUCGCUUCCAACUUCUUGCACGCCUAUGUGGUGGUGCAAGCGGACAACCCCUGCACAGACCACACCCUCUACAAGGUCUCCGUCACGGCCCGGGAUGACGUCCCUUUCUUUGGACCCCAGCUGCCCAACCCAGCCGUUUUCCGAAAGAGCCCCGAGUUCCAGGAAUUCCUCCUGACCAAACUGAUCAAUGCCGAAUAUGCCUGCUACAAGGCGGAGAAGUUUGCCAAACUGGAGGAGCGCACCCGGGCCGCCCUUCUGGAGACCCUCUACGAGGAGCUGCACCUGAACAGCCAGUCCAUGAUGGGCCUGGGGGGCGACGACGACAAGCUCGAGAAUGGCAGCGGGAGCAGCGGGGGGUUCUUCGAGUCCUUCAAGCGGGUGAUCCGCAGCCGCAGCCAGUCGAUGGAUGCCAUGGGCCUGAGCAACAAGAGGCAGAACACCGUCUCCACCAGCCACAGCGGCAGCUUCGGACACAACAACCCAGACAUUGCCAAAGCUGUGGGCAUAUCAUUGCUUGUCCCUGGAAAAGCGGCAAGUAGGUACGGACGUCGGGGCAGCGCCAUAGGCAUAGGAACCAUAGAAGAGUCCCUGAUCGUCCCUGGGAAGAGCCCGACGCGCAAGAAAUCAGGACCCUUCAGCUCACGGCGGAGCAGCGCCAUUGGCAUUGAGAACAUCCAGGAAGUCCAGGAGAAAAGGGAAAGCCCAACUGGGACUCAGAAGACCCCGGACAGUGGCCACGCGUCCCAGGACCCCAAGUCAGAGGACUCGUCCAACCAAAGCUCCCCUGAGAUGCCCACCACCAAGAACAGGCCAGAUCCUGUGGCGCCCAAGCCGGAGGGCCUGCAAGAAUUCUCGCGCUCUUCGUCCAGUGCCAGCAGCUUUGGCAGCGUGGUGGAAGAACAUGAAGGCACCCAAGAAGAUGACACUGGCGUGGAGAGCCAGUCCUCGUCGGGGACGCCACACAAGCGCGACUCCUUCAUCUACAGCACCUGGCUGGACGACAGCCUCAGCACCACCAGCGGGGGCAGCUCUCCAGGCCCUUCUCGCUCUCCCCAACCAGACCCCAGGAACUCUGUGGACCCGUCUUGCCCAGAGAUCAAAAUCCAGCUGGAGCAUGCAGAGCAGCACCCGCACCUGAGCUGCUAG